AUGCUGCUAUUUAUUCAAAUUAAAUUGGCAUUGUUAUUUAUUAUAAUAUAUUUUAUAAAAUUUAUAAACUGUAGUUCUUUAUGUUCAUUAGAUAUUGGUUUAAUAACAAGUGGAGCAAUUUUAUCUGGUGGCACAAUAACAGCAACUACAGGUGAAAAUAUAUACUUAAUGAUGUCUAAACGUGAACGUGGUUCAGUACCUCAGAUUUUAUCUAGCUUAUAUUUCCCUUUAAAUCCAGAAGAUCCUUCUUAUUCUAAAGGAAUUCCAAGUUAUGCAACUAUAAAUUUAACUGGAGUAGAUGGAGAAACCAUUACAAUGGCAUCUAUUAUGCUAUAUUUUUUUGCAUUAACUAGUGCACGUAAUAUAAAUGGGCAACCUAAACCAGUUGAACUACAACCAGUAUUUCCAUGGGGCCCUAUGUACUCUUAUCAACAUCCAAUUGUUACAACAUCUCAAAUUAGAGCUUGGAUUGUACGAAAAAAUUCGAAAAUCUUACAAAUUCCCUUAAAUAAUGUUGCAAUAUAUGAUUUAUUCCCACUUGCAGUCAUCCGGAAAUAUAUUGAACUAAGAAAUAAACGUAAAGGUUAUAGUGGGAAAAAUUCUUUAAAUUACAUACAAAGACAUUAUUAUUGUCCAAAUAUUAAUAAUAAGCAACUACUUUCAGAUUAUUUUCAAGGGAGAUGUUUUUUUGGAGAGAGAUGUAAAUCACUCACAAAUACAAGAGUAAUUUAUUAUGAACCACCAUGGAAAUAUUCAUCUACUAGUACAUUAAACCAAAACUUACAAGAGGAUAAUUUAAUAAAAUCUUUUAAAAGUGACUCAAAUCCUACAUCUCUUGAAUAUUUAGCUAAUAUAUAUGAAUAUAUAGAGCUACAACGUUAUGAACUUCCUUCUGAUACUUUAAAUAAAUUAUCACCAAAUUUACUUCUUUCACCAGAGGGUUUAUUUGGACUUUCAGUAGUGUUAUAUGAAAGGCAACUACAAUAUCAAGUUGGAGCUAUUGAACGUUCAAAUUAUAAAGAAAGAAGGAUUAAAAAGUGGUUUAGGAGUUUAAAACAAAAAUUAUUUAGACUUUUUGAUUUUAAUAAUGAAACAAUUAGUGAUAAUAAUGGGAAAAAAAAAUAUAUGACAAGGGCCUCUUGGAAGCAAUAUCCUGACUCUCUUUGGAAACGUUCACCAUUUAAAACAUGGGUUCAUUCAGUUGAAAAGUGUAGAUAUUGUGAUUUAGUUAAUAUUAAAUAUAAUUCAAGAAAAUGGAACGAGAUGGAUUAUGUUAUUGCUACAGUAUAUUAUUAUUUCUUAAGAUGGCAGGGUAUACCUCAAGUAUUUGGACAAUAUGUUAUUACUAAAGAUAACUUAGACAAAUUAUCUAAAUCUUCACAAAAAUUGCUUAAUGAGACAAUUAUACAAACAGGAUAUAAUGAAUCAGAUUUUUAUAUAUCUAAUACAAGUACUAUACAGACCUUUACAUCAACUCAAACAUUAAGUAGUCAAUUAGGCAGAUAUGGUUUACCUACCUAUGGUGAAUAUAGUAAAAAUAGAAAUCAAUUUAAACCACAAAUUCAACAAUACGAAUUUUCACAAGAACAAAAUAGUGAUCAAUCACUUGAAACAGAUUCAUUAAGUAUUGAGCAACCAUUAUUUGCUACAAAUAGUGAAGUAACAAAUCAAUUAGUCGCUUAUAUUGAUCGUAAAGAUCACAAGAUAAAAGGUGUAAUGGAAGUUUAG